AUGGUCUUCUACUGGACAAAACUUGCCACACCUGAGCUCCUCAUGGAGACACAAACAAAGUCAUCGAAUGCUGCGUUCUACUUGUUGAAGCACGUAGCACAGCACUGGGUGAACCAACUUGAGAUGACUAAUACUACCAUAACCAAAGCAGAGUGGUUCUCGGAGGACUAUCAAGCAAGGAUGGAUGACAAUAUCAGUCGUCGGAAAUGGAAGGCAGAGUUGGUCAAAAUCAAUGAAAUCGCAAAGGACAUUAACUACAUGCGACAACAAUUGAACCACUUUUGGCGCGCAAUGUAUCUCAACCUGGAGAGGUUGGGCGUACAGUUAGGCUGUGAAAGCGUGGAUGAGAACGCAUCACUUGCUAUCAAAGAUGCACAAAAGGACUUCAUCACUAUCCACGCGCGAAUGCAGCCAUUGCGAAACCGCGCAGAAGCGCUAACCUCUGUGUCCAACGACAUUGCGAACCUGCGCACGGCAUUCAGAGGUGUCGCGGACGGCGAAUUCAGUCUUCGUCUAAGUUUGUUCGCGUCCGUGGUCUUCCCACUCACCCUCUUGGCGGGCAUCUUCAGCAUGGGCGAUGAUUAUCGUCCGGGAAGGCCGCAAUUCUGGAAGCUCUGGGCUAUUGGCGUGCCGUUUUGUGUCACCGUGGCACUUGGAUUGGUAUAUGGCAAACAUCCCUGGACCGUGUUCAUCGACUUGUGGGAGUAUGCAGGAGAUUGGGUAAAACGACGUGGUCUUGUCCAGUCGAGGGCACACGAAAAUUCGUUUGAGAAAGUGACGGGUAAGGAACAAAGCGGAAGUGCAGCAAAAAACAGGCCGUAUGCAGAGAAGAAGUCACUGAAGAGGGCGGCUUAUAGAGCGGAUGAAGAACAAGCUGUCAUCGCUUGA